AUGAUGUUGCUCAGUAUCUUCUAUCUAAUCGACACUCAACUGGUCAUAACACAAGAUGCCAAUGUAACAAAGAAGAAAGUCGUAGUUGGCAUAGCAGCAACUGAACAUGUUAUGACGUCAAGCAUAGGAUGGUCUCUUUGCGGAGGAGCUAUAGGAAUGGCCUUGGACAAAAUCAAGGAAGAAUAUGAUUUUAGCGAUUUUGACUUCAGUUUUCUGGUGGAGUAUACGGAAUGUGAUAAGAUAAAAGCAGUCGGUGUUGGGAUUGAAUUUAUGAAAAGGAGGAAGGUUGAUGUUGUUAUCGGGCCACCUUGCCCUGACGCCGGGUUGGUCAUGGCCCAUCUCUCCAAUGUUUUCCGGGUUCCAUGGAUGGCUUGGGGAUUGGCAUCGGAUCGUCGGUAUGGGGAAGAAAGCAAGUUCCCCUACGUCACCACACUCACUCAACCGCCACAAUCCUCCAAAACCAAAUGGUGUCAUUUGAGGAUCGGCUUCUGUGCUCUACAAGUGCUGGCCAAUUUUGGAUGGGACAUCGUCUCUAUUCUUUACACAGAGAGUGAAAUUCCUUACUGUAGUGCCCUGAUGGACUCCUUUGUGAAUGCAGUGAGUGACCCUUCCAAUACUUUUGUACCAUCUAUAGCGGUCAAGCAGGUUCUGAAUCCAAAAAAUCCGGUCGACUAUUUACGAACUCUGCAGCUGGUUCAGCAGCGCUCUAGAGGAAAGUUAUCUGAGAAUCCCAAUGAAUUGCUCUUUCUGGUGAAGCCACGAAAACUGGUAAUUUUCUGCAUGGAUCAACCAUUGGACAGACGAGCUUUCUUGGCUAAAGCAUCCGAAGCCGGCAUGACAACAGACGAAUACGUCUUUAUUAUGUUCUCAACCAGAAGUCAGGGUUUUGGCCACACAGGAACGGGAAAGGACGUCCGUAAGUAUUCUUUGCAGACUUCGAAAGACUGGCAUUACUUAUUGACAAAUUCGGUUGGUCGUUGCGUUCGCGUUUCGAGUGGACUCACAGCUUUUUGGGAGGAUACUGAAAAUAAGAACGCGGAUGGCCUGGAUGCUAUUGCCAAACAAGCUGCAAAGCGAGUAAUCGUGGUAAGUUGCAACAGGUCAUGGACCAAUCUCGAACAUAGACAAAUGAAGUCCCUUUUCCAGCUCGAUAUUGAUGCCACGGUGUCUAACCAGACUUAUAUGACGCAUUUCAAGACCGAUGUCGUACGGAGAGUACGUGAAGACCCUUUGUUUUGCAAUACUGAGGAGUGUCUCACAAAUGGCAACAAAUCGAGAGGCACAUAUGCAAGACAGCUUCAUGACACGUUCUAUAUGUUUGGCAUGGGUUUAUCGCGUGAACCAACCUAUUACCAUGAUGCAACAAACAUCACAAAGGCAAUGGCUGGUGAUUUUUCAGGUCUGACUGGAGAGGUGCAGAUGACAGAGAACAACACACGUAUUGCCGUCUUCAUGCUCUACUAUCUGGAUUCCAACUUUCAACAACAAGUUUUCAUGACGUUGACUUAUGAAGACGCCAAAAUGAACAUAACUCUGAACUCCGCCGAUCCGAGUACGACUAUAUGGGCAACUAGAAAUGGAAAAAAACCUCUCACUAUUCCACGCUGUGGUUUUUCUAUGCAGGAAUGCCCGCGGGAAUUCUGGGAAAUCUAUGCUCCUUAUAUAGGAGUUGGCGCCGCUAUUGUUUUCAUCCUCGUGGAAAAAGAGGGAAGAGAAAAAAAGAGCCUCCAUUCACUUAGAUCAGGACCGUCCACAGUUACAGCAAACAGCACAUAUGACAGAUCAAACACUAUAUUCACAGUAGCCGUCUUUGAUAACGAGCCGGCUCUCAUCACCAAACAUCCGACGUCGUUUCUCUCACCAGUGACACAAAACGAAUGUCUGAAGGUAAGUAAAUGGUCAGGAAAAAAAGAAUUCGUUGCGAUAGGCUCACGAAUGCAGAUGCGAAAACUCGAUCACGAAAAUGUAAAUAAGUUCUUGGGCUUCUCUUACGAUGGACCAGACUAUAUGGUUGUUUGGAAAAUGUGUGCUCGGGGCACAUUACAGGCAGUAUUUCUGAAAACAUCGACUUCAUCUGAUUCUUUCUUCACUUUAUGUCUUAUUCGAGAUGUCGCUGAAGUAAGAGGGGUCAUUUAA